GCAAGUUGUAUCCAUUAUAUAUAAAAAUAAAACUGGCAUGGCCUUUUUAAGUAACAUUUAAAGGUUGAUGUUCUUAUUCUUUUCAAAUGCAGCUUACUUUUGCGUGACACCUGAUUUAUUUUUUCCGAUUGGUAGUAUUGGAUUGCGUUCAAGCAAAUUAUUUCAUGUUGCUCUUAGGCAAUGAUUCCUAGUGGAUACUUAGCCACAUUUAGUUCACAACAGCGACUUGAGUGUCACUGCAACGAUCAAACGUAAACGGAUCAAACAUCCUGAGUAAACCAAUAUACCAAGACAUCUUGUUCAACCAAGUGGCUUCAUAAUUUCGUCUAUAUUUAAUAUGUUUAAGAAGUUUUUGAGCUGAAUAUAUAGGAUAGAACUACCAUCAUCCUUUCUCUGUCAUUGCUAAAACAUGGCCGUCAAGAAUGAACCAACUAAACGACGAUCGUGCACCAAAUUGAGAGCAGUUGCCACAGUGCUUGUUGCUUUUCUUAAACACCGGAAAACUGGUUUAAAUGACUUCACGCAAAAAGUGGUGUCAAACCCCGGCAUGUGUCAAACUCCAGACGUACGGAAAUUCCUCCAACUUGAUAACCCCCGGAACCAGACACAGGAGCCGAUGGCUGAUGAAGACCACAUAAACAUGAAUGAUGCAGACCACAUAAACUUGGGGCCCUCUGCAAAUCUACAGGCAAAGCCGUCGGACUUUGAUUUUCUAACCAUCCUUGGAAAGGGCAGUUUUGGAAAGGUUCUGCUUGCAAAACACAAGAGCGAUGGGAUAUUCUAUGCUGUAAAAGUGAUGAAAAAGUCAAUAAUACUGCAAAAGAAGGAGGAGAAGCACAUCAUGGCAGAGAGAAAUGUUCUGGUGAAGAACGUGCGUCAUCCUUUCCUGGUGGGCCUGCACUACUCGUUCCAGUCGGCAGACAAAUUGUACUUUGUCAUGGAUUAUGUCAACGGUGGUGAGCUGUUUUUCCACUUACAGAGACAGGGAAGUUUCCCAGAAUCUCGUGCACAGUUUUACGCUGCCGAGAUUGGCAGCGCAAUUGGAUAUCUCCACUCCCUGAACAUUGUGUACAGGGACUUGAAGCCAGAAAAUAUCCUCUUGGACUUCCAGGGCCACAUCGUGCUCACCGACUUUGGGCUGUGCAAGGAAGGCAUCGACCCAAACAGCACCACCUGCACCUUCUGUGGGACCCCUGAGUAUUUGGCACCCGAGGUUCUGAAGAAGCACCCGUACGACCGGACGGUGGACUGGUGGUGUCUGGGCUGCGUGCUUUACGAGAUGCUCUAUGGGCUGCCUCCUUUCUACAGCAAGAACCUGAAGCAGAUGUAUGAAUCGAUCCUGCACCAGCCACUGCAGCUGAGGCCCUGCACCACAAACGCGGCGAUCUCCGUGCUGGAGGGGCUCCUGCACAAGGACCCACACCAGCGGCUGGGGGCCACCAGCGACAUUCUGGAAAUUAAGAACCACGUGUUCUUCUCCACGAUCAACUGGAAUGACCUGGAUGCAAAGAGAAUCCCUUCUCCGUAUAAUCCCGGCGUGAGUGGACCCUGUGACCUGCACAACUUUGACCCGGCCUUCACAGCGGAGCCGCUGUCCAUGUCGAUGGCACAGUCGAGCGACACGAGCUCCGUCUGUGCCAAUGUGGACGAGGCUGCGGACGCCUUUGUGGGAUUCACAUACAUGCCUGGCCUUGAGGACCAGUACCUGCCAGAUGUGUAGGCACAGAGAACUGAGUCGGUGUCUUAAUCCUUGUUAUUGCAGUAGUGAUGAACAUCAUCGACAAGAUCAAUGUCAAGGCUUUAUUUCGAAUGGAAUAUUUUCUGGUAUCCCAAACUCCCAACCACCCCACCCAGGUACCUCGCCACCUCCCCCUGCUUCCCCAUGACGGCGACGGGAGAGGGCGCUUUGUGAUCAAUAUCCUUAAGGUCAUAUCCACCGUCACCCUCUUCAAUAUAAUCUUCUAACGCAUCAAAUCAAUAUCACUUUCAAACAAUAAUAAUAAUAUUGGGGAAACUAAGCGAUAUGUCUCGGACCAUGUUCGUGAACAUAAGGCAGAUCUGAAACACGGUAGGACCAUUGUUGUAAUGUGGUGGGCUCACACGAAAUUUAUUUCUCUAAGACGAAGGUACUUUGCAAGCCCACUGGCUAUCAACAAAGAUUUGUUCAUGAAGCCAUCCAUAUAUAUAUAGACACAGACACAAUUUCAACCUGAGAAGAGGGGUACAAACUGAGAAAUCAUUGGAAGGACGUUAUUAACCAGUUUAAGUCAUAACUGGCUGUGAUGUUUCCAUCCUACCUUCAAAUGUUAGUAGUUAUUUUCGGCUCUCUGGUUUUACAUUAACAGGUUAAAUGUCUCACACUAACACAGCCACCGUCGCUCAUGUCCUCGAUGUGGCGGUGGCUCUGCCACCUGACAUUGACAUGCUAAUCUCUCACAAUACAAUGGCCACCUCCGCGCCUUUGUCGUCGUGGCGGUAGCUCUCCGACCUUACAUUUACCUGCAAAUUUCUCACUUUAACAUCACUAGCCCCGCCCACUUCGUUUAUGACCCUUGGGCUACACACAUUUCGAACCUUUAAAACAGCCUGCCUCAGCAGCUUUCCCGCUCUUUUUUCUCCUGAUGACGAUUGCUUGUGUUGCGAUCGAAACAUCAAUCUAGGUGACUUUACCGAAAGACCCAAGAAUAAUAAUAUUAGGUUUAUCAGAAUUAGUGCUAACAUCAUGAAUUGCUUAAAUUGAUCAAUUGUAGAACAUUUUCUUUAUACACAAUGUUUGUAUACUGGGCCACCAGACUGUCAGAAACUCCCCACAGGGUGUGCCCUGUAUGAUGCGGUGAGCAUCAACGAUAAUGUCAUCAAUUCCCGUCGACCUCUAUCCGGUGCGCUUAACAGACCUUUUGAGGCACGAGUGCGAACUUAUUUAUUCAUGCAAUUGGCACACAAAUUGUAUGCCCAUUUCUAAUUCUACUCGUUGAAGUUACGAUAAAUCAACCAAUAGUUGCAGGACUAACCGUUACCAUCUCCAAUGUCAUAAUAAUCAGCAGUCACCUACAAUAUUGUUAUCAUCAAAAUACAUUUCCUUUAAUUUUUAUAUUACUACAGCUUAUUACUACCCUUACGUUCGCCUCUUAAUGGAGAUAAUUAAAGGAAUCUACUGAACUCGUUAUGCUGCCACGGUGGUAAUUGCACAUUGGACUUGAAAUCCAGAGAUCGCUGGUUCGAUUCAAUCACCUGGCACGACAGUUGAAACAAUGCAAGUUUCUUCAAUUCCCCCCCCCCACACCACCAGUCCUCUGGGUACAGCACAGUCGAUAGUCACAUUAUAUGUGGUGGCGUAAAAUGUGGGUACUUCCACCUCUUCCAAGACGGCUGAUCAGCAUGGAAGAGUAGGCCGCUACUACUUUCUAUAGGGAGACUCUCUCGAGGAGACUUUCAAGUGGAGACCCUUCCACCAUAAGUGGCCUGAGCAAGCAAUUGCAGGGCUGCACCUUUACCUUAUACGAUUUAUAAACAUCAUUAUAUGAACCUUAUGGCGGGACUGCGGGGUCCCGAAUAAACGGAUGUCAAAAUCGUAAUUUAUUUUUGGCGACUCCGUUCCACCGCGCACAUAAACGCCGCGACCCGCCUGGCACGGAUCAUUCUGUUGUCGUGUCGUCCAAGCGCAGCAGCGAGGACGAAUGCGCAGAAGAAACAAAACUUUUAAACUUUGAUUAGCGCAUCGUGUAGAGCUCGUCGAGAGGAAUAGAUUGCCGUGUCGUUCGCCUUCAACAGACAUAAAAUGUCGUCGCAACGCAGUUUAUGCGAGAGCCGGGGGCUUAUAGGACCCCGGAGUCCCGCCAUAAGGUUCAUAUAAUGAUCAUGAAUACAUUCAAAUGUUGGAGCUCCUGCUUGUGAUACUCUGCUGCUGUGUGCAAUAUUUACUCUGUAACAUUCUUUGCCGCAUCUUCUCUUUGCAUAAUCCACCACGUUGUGCGUUCCAUCGACUAGCUGACAUUCCGUUUAACACUUCUUCCAGCAGCUGCGUCCUUUUAUUUCUGAUGCAUGAAUUCACAAAUGUGGUAUAUACUCAGUCGAAACCACACACUUUUGUGUGUAUAUAUAUUUAACGCUAAUUAUGGAUAUAUUUUUUUUCAGCUUCUAGAAGUGGAAGAAGUAAACAAGAACAAUUUAAGUCUGUGUACUGUUUCCCUUUUAUGGUUAGAAUUUCAAGAUAUCAGUUAUUCGUUUAAUAAUCGUGUGCAAACAUUAUAUUAACUAACAUGUAAAAUUGGAGUCAUAUAACAUUGUUUUCUUCGGUCCAUUACUUUGUUAUCAUAAGACUUGUUUUACCGAUGGCAAAUACUUGAAUCAGUAAUGCUGAGCACAUGUGAUUGUUGAUAGUUAUUCAAUUGUGAAAUGCAUUUUCUAUAUUAGGCUCGGCUUUUUGUAGAAUACACAUUCCAUCCUGCUUUGCUCAUGAACUCUACUUUGUGAACAAAUGAUACUUGCGCCCAUGUGUGCCUUUCAGAACCAUUCUGUGUGCUCUAAGGAGAGGCUAAGUGCGGUGUUUGAUUUAAAUCGUAUAGUUGCAGUACUAAGAUUAUCGCAAUAAUAUACAUUGUACCAAAGACACAUUGUUACACUCCAAUUAUAUAAACUAUCAUUAUGACACUAAUGGAGUUGAUUGGGGAAACAGUGGUGAGCACUUCGCUAUACAGUGUGCUUCAAAAGAAUGUUAACACUUCUGAGAAUUUGCAACAACACCACAAUAAAUGUGCCUCCGGUCUCUGGAGACCACCUGGAGAAGAUUCCAGGCAUGUGUUGACAAUGAUGUCGAACAAGUGGAGACUUACUUAUUGAAGUUAUUAACAUGACAUUUGUUAUCAUGUUACAGUGUAUUCGUUCUUUUUCCAUUAAAAACGUUAGCCUCAUCUCAGCGUUAACAUGUUUUUGAAGCAGCCUGUAUAUCCAUCGUCCUGAGUUUUAGUCUCAGCCACACUUAAUGUCAGUGGUGAGUGAUAUCUAAACUGGUCUUGUCCUCCACUUCCAUCCCCGGAAACCCGCAUUGACCAGUGUGAUCAAGCCCGUUCCAACAGAUCAUGUGACCUACACAGCACAGAGAAGCCCUACACUCAGCAGUGAACUGGUAUGGAUGACGAUGAUAAUUAUUAUGCUACGACUACCAUUCCAGUUGCAGGUGUGUUGAAGUAAUUUCGCAUCGUACAACCAACCGGGCGAGGGAAGAACAAACUAAACACAAAAAACUGCUCGCAAGAAAUGAGUUUUCAAUCUAGAUUUCAAAGUGCAUAGUUCCAGUGUUUUCCUAAUAUCGGAAGGAAGAACUUUCCAGACGGCCGAAGACGCGCAUCAUGAAAGUGUGCAAUGCGGUGACGGGCUUUUUUCGAUGGUUAGCCAAAAGUCGCUGCGAGGAUGACCAGAGUUCAGAUUUAGCAUAUUUAAUAAAAAAUACGAUUAGAAAAAUAGUAGAAAAUACAAUUAUAGUAUAUAUUUGAAAUGUUAUAUUAAAUCCAUAAUAAAAAAAAUAUUAAAUCAGACAAGAGAACGCAACGCAACAAGCCAUUGCACAUCGUUACAAUUGCAUAUGAUUAAAAUAAUGUUGCAUUCCCGUCAAUGUGUGGACCUCGCGCAAGAGACCUGUGUAGGUCCGUGAGGUGGUGGUUACAUGUAAUGAACAAAAAUGUGCUCGUCCUUACUAAAAACCAGAGGUGGGACAAAGUCAUUGUUAUGCAAGUCCAAGUCGAGUCUGAAGUCAUCAAAUUCAUGACUCGAGUCUGACUCGAGUCCAAGUCACAUGACUCGAGUCCACACCUCAGAGGUGGGACAAAGUCAUUGUUGUCCAAGUCGAGUCUGAAGUCAUCAAAAUCAUGACUCGAGUCUGACUCGAGUCCAAGUCACAUGACUCGAGUCCACACCUCUGCUAAAAACAGAGGCACACACUCACAUAGGGACACGGAUACUUGCAGCAGGUAGCAAUAACCUUGCUCUCAGAGAGAACAAUGAAGCAGUGCUCUGUAUACUCACCUGAACCCAUCUGUAGCAAUGUGCAAUAGCAAUUAUGAUUGAUAUUUUCUCAAUGAGAAUCUUAUGAAACGUAAGGUUUGAUGAACUCGCAACCAUUAAAUAAAAAUUAGAGGUACGUAUUAUUGAAAAGAAUAAAUUAUUGUGAUCAUG